AGAGCAAGCGAAAGACACGAGAGAGAGAAUGAAAAAAACUGCGUAGCGAACAGUUAGAAAGAGACGGGAGAGGUUCCUUUUCUGGGUCGUACGUACGUUGCGGAGCUUUCCCUUACUUUUAUGCAAAAAGACAACUCAUUUGAUCGUCCCGUCAAGGUUUGGGGUGCUCCUCUUCAUAAUAUCCUGCUAUUACAUGGUAGCAAAGACCUGAAGACGAGCUCCCCAGUGGGCGGGAUGAUGGACAGCAUGUCCCAGAAGUAUCAGCAGAUCAACCAGGCAUUCGAGGAGCUGCGCCUGCUGACCCAGGACACAGAGAACGACCUGAGAAAGCUCCAGCACAACCAGGAGUACUUCAUCAUCCAGUACCAGGAGAGCCUCCGCAUCCAGGCCCAGUUGACCAGCCUGGCCACACUGCCCCCUGCUGACAGACAGCUGAGGGAGCCCACAUUACUGAGCAAAAGAGCCACCGUGGAGGCCUGGCUCACCCGGGAGGCCAACACACUACAGAAAUACAGACUGGACCUGGCAGAGAAGCACCAGAAGAGCCUGCAGCUGCUGAGGAAGCAGCAGACCAUUAUCCUGGAUGACGAGCUGAUCCACUGGAAGAGACGGCAACAGCUGGCCGGCAACGGGGGUCCUCCAGAGGGGGGGCUGGACAUCCUGCAGUCCUGGUGUGAGAAGUUGGCAGAGACCAUCUGGCAGAACAGGCAGCAGAUCAGGAGAGCAGAACAUCUGAGACAACAGCUUCCCAUCCGCCCCAUCGAGGAGCUACUGAACGACCUCAACAGCACCAUCAGCAUCAUCUCAGCACUGGUCACCAGCACCUUUAUCAUAGAGAAGCAGCCUCCCCAGGUGCUGAAAACCCAGACCAAGUUUGUCGCCACAGUGCGUCUCCUAGUGGGCGGGAAGCUCAAUGUGCACAUGAACCCCCCGCAGGUCAAGGCCACCAUCAUCAGUGAACACCAGGCGAAGGCCUUGCUCAAGAACGAGAACACCAGGAAUGACAGCAGUGGAGAGAUCCUUAACAACAACUGUGUGAUGGAGUACCACCAGGCCACAGGAACACUCAGCGCCAACUUCAGGAACAUGUCUUUGAAGAGGAUCAAGCGCUCGGACCGGCGAGGGGCGGAGUCUGUGACAGAGGAGAAGUUUACCAUUCUGUUUGAGUCUCAGUUCAGCGUCGGGGGUAAUGAGCUGGUCUUUCAGGUUAAGACGUUAUCACUUCCUGUGGUGGUGAUCGUCCACGGUAGCCAAGACAAUAACGCCACAGCAACAGUACUGUGGGACAACGCUUUUGCCGAACCCGGUCGGGUGCCCUUCAUAGUGCCUGAAAAGGUGCUGUGGCCCCAGCUGUGUGAGGCCCUCAACAUGAAGUACAAGGCGGAGGUGCAGAGUAACCGUGGCCUCUCAGAGGAGAACCUGGUCUUCCUGGCCCAGAAAGCCUUCAGUAGCUCCAGCAUCAACCCUGAUGACUACCGCGGCAUGACCAUGACCUGGUCCCAGUUCAACAGGGAGAGUCUGCCUGGCAGGAAUUUCACAUUCUGGCAGUGGUUUGAUGGGGUCAUGGAACUCACAAAAAAACAUCUCAAACCACACUGGAAUGAUGGGGCGAUCCUGGGCUUUGUGAACAAGCAGCAGGCCCAGGACAUGUUGAUGUCCAAACCCAACGGGACCUUCCUGCUCCGCUUCAGCGACUCUGAGAUCGGAGGGAUCACUAUCGCCUGGGUGGCUGAGAAUCCCAACAAACCAGGGGAGAGGAUGGUGUGGAACCUCAUGCCCUACACAACAAAAGACUUCUCCAUCCGCUCUUUGGCUGACCGCAUCAGUGACCUCAACCACCUCCUGUUCCUCUACCCAGACAGACCCAAGGAUGAGGUCUUCUCCAAAUACUACACGCCACCCCUGUCCAAAGCAGUGGAUGGAUACGUGAAACCGCAGAUCAAACAAGUGGUACCAGAGUUCACCACGACCAAUCCUGACCCAGCAGCAAACCCCACCUACAUGGAUCACGGAGCCUCCCCUGUUGUCAGUCACCCUCCAAACUAACGGCAUUUACCGCCUAUGAGUGACUCCAUGUUAGAUGCGGACGGUGACUUUGACCUGGAUGACACCAUGGACGUGGCGCGACACGUUGAGGAGCUGCUGCGGCGACCGAUGGACCAAUGGAGCGGCCAGCAGUCGUGACCCUCAAUCUCUGACCUCUGACACCAACAAAAGAACCCCGCACCUUUUGACAUUUCUGAUGGUUUAAUUCCAUUAAUUUCCUCCUGUUUUAAUUCAGAUAGCUUAAUGUGAAAUGUUAAUAAUGUUGUGAUAGUUUUUUUGUUUUUUCUU